AUGUCUGGCCUGGCUUUAAGAGCCAUGGACUCCUUCUUGCUGGACUUCAUGGAGGCCCACAGUAAGCGCUGGAAGAAAACCAGAAGUGGGAACCAGGAAUGGGUGCCAGAGGGCAAGCCUGAGCUGCAGGCACUCAGGCCCAGUCCCAAGGCGCAAGAACACCUGCGCCAGCAGCGUGCAUCAGCAAGAAAGCAGAAGCAGGAAGAGAGUCGGCCGGCAGAAGACACUUACCCCCUGAAGACUGAGAGAGAGGCUGUCCGGAGCCUUACAUCUGGUGCCGAAAUCCAGAAGGGGCUCCGGUCCGUGUCCCUUGUGUCCUUCCACCCUGGACGGCAGUCCACAGCAACCGGACAAAGGAAGCUCCUCAGCCUCCAGUCACUUCUCUGUGCAUGCACACCAGUCACUGAUCUCACCUACUGGGCUCUGUGGGCCCACGGGGCCGCAGCUCCACACAGAAGCCUCCUAGCAAUCCACCUCCACCUGGCGCCUGUUUCAAGUGUGGCAAUGAAGGCCACUGGUCCAGACAAUGCCCAAACCCAGGUAAGCCCACCAGGCUGUACCCCCUCUGUGGAGGACCCAACGGGAAGUCAGACUGUGAGCAGCCCCCACAAGGACUGCCCCCAUCCCUUCCUGAGCCAGUCAAAACCUCCUACUCGUAUCUCAUUGGCCUUGCUGCUGAAGACUGCCGGUGCCCUGGAACAGACACCCCGGCAACUACCAUCUCUUCAUGUGAGCCAAGGGUAA